AUGGAGUCCUCACGCGGCCCUCCCAGGGUCAAGAACAAGGCCGCUGCGCCUAUCCAGAUCUCGGCCGAGCAGCUGUUGCGCGAGGCCCAGGAUCGCCAGGAGGACCAGCUGAAGGCGCCCACCCAGCGCUUUGCCGACCUGGAGGAGUUGCACGAGUUCCAGGGGAGGAAGCGCAAGGAGUUCGAGGACUAUGUCAGGCGCAACCGCAUCAACAUGAACAACUGGAUGCGCUAUGCACAGUGGGAACUCGAACAGAAGGAAUUCCGCCGCGCCCGCUCCAUCUUUGAGCGGGCCUUGGACGUCGAUGCGACGUCGGUCGUGCUGUGGAUCAGGUACAUCGAGGCCGAGAUGAAGAACCGGAACAUCGCCCACGCACGCAACCUCCUCGACCGCGCCGUCACCAUAUUGCCGAGGAUAGACAAGCUGUGGUACAAGUACGUCUACAUGGAGGAGAUGCUGGGCAACAUCCCCGGCACCAGGCAGGUCUUUGAGAGGUGGAUGGAGUGGGAGCCGGACGAGGCUGCCUGGAGCGCCUACAUCAAGCUCGAGAAGCGCUACGGCGAGUUCCAGCGGGCCCGGGACAUCUUCCAGCGCUUCACCAUUGUCCACCCCGAGCCGAGGAACUGGAUCAAGUGGGCCAAGUUCGAAGAGGAGUCGGGCACCAGCGACCUCGUGCGCGAGGUCUAUGCCGCCGCCAUCGAGACGCUGGGCGACGAAUUCGCCGACGAGAAGCUUUUGAUCGCCUGGGCCAGGUUCGAGGCCAAGCUGAAGGAGUACGAACGUGCGAGGGCCAUAUAUAAGCAUGCUCUCGACCGCCUACCUCGGUCCAAGUCGAUGAACCUGCACAAGGCCUACACCACCUUCGAGAAGCAGUUUGGCGACAGGGAGGGCGUCGAGGACGUCGUCUUGUCCAAGCGCCGGAGAUACUACGAGGAUCAGGUCACACAAAACCCCAAGAAUUACGACAUAUGGUUUGACUACGCCCGCCUCGAAGAAACGUCCGGAGAUGUCGACCGCGUGCGUGACGUGUACGAGCGGGCUGUCGCUCAGAUACCACCUACGCAAGAGAAACGGCAUUGGCGCCGCUACAUCUACCUGUGGGCCUUCUACGCUAUAUGGGAAGAGAUGGAGGCCAAGGACGUCGGCAGGGCGAGGCAGAUUUACAAGCUGUGCCUCGACCUGAUACCACACAAAAAGUUCACAUUUGCCAAGAUCUGGCUGUUGAAGGCCCACUUCGAGAUCCGCCAAGGAGAGCUCACUGCGGCGCGGAAGACCCUGGGUCAGGCCAUCGGCAUGUGCGCCAAGGACAAGCUGUACAAGGGUUAUAUCGAGCUCGAGAUGAAGCUGUAUGAGUUUGUCCGCUGCCGCACGCUGUACGAGAAGUACAUCGAAUGGAACCCCACGAACUGUCAAGCAUGGAUCAGGUUUGCCGAACUGGAGCAAAGUCUGGAUGACUUGGACCGAGCCCGUGCCAUUUACGAGUUUGCCGUGGGUCAGGAUGAGCUCGACAUGCCCGAGCUGCUGUGGAAAGCAUACAUUGAUUUCGAGGAAGGAGAGGGAGAAUACUCGAGGACUCGCGACCUGUAUGAACGACUUCUCGAGAAGACGGAUCACGUCAAGGUCUGGAUCAGCUACGCGCAUUUCGAGCUCAACAUCCCGGACGCGGCAGAGGAGGCGGCGAACGGCGACGCCGAAGAGCCACCGAAGAGCGAGGAGGCCAAGGAUCGGGCACGAAAGGUGUUUGACCGUGCCCACAGAAGGAUGAAGGACCAAGAACUCAAGGAGGAGCGGGUGUCUCUGCUCAACUCGUGGCUCGCGUUCGAGCGCACCUACGGCAGCGAGGAGGACAUCGACAAGGUCCAGAAGCAGAUGCCGCGCCGGACAAAGCGCAGACGCAGACUGGAGGACGACACGUUCGAGGAAUACAUCGACUACAUAUUCCCGGCCGACGACGAACAGAAGCAGGACCUCUCCAACAUGCUCGCCAUGGCGCAGCAGUGGAAGCAGGCUGCUGGCGGAGCUGGAUGA